GAAUUGAAGAAAAUGCUAUGUAUAUAAACGCCGACGCAAUGCAUUGGCAUCAUCACAUCUCAGCUUCUGAUUCCCAGUGCAACAUCUCCAACAAUCAGCAUGGGUCGUUAUAUUCAAGUGACAGUGGCCGUGGCGUCACUAUGCCUAGCAUCAGCUGUGGCCGCAGUGUUGCCAGUGCCACAUGGAUUCGCAUACGCGGUGGCCCCUCUCCCCCUCCACCACCCGCACCCGCACCCACACUACGUGCACCACAAGGCACCAGAGCCCUUAGACCACCAUCCCAAGUACGCCUUCGAGUACGCAGUCGCCGACCACCACACCGGAGACACCAAGAGCCAGCACGAGACCCGCGACGGAGAUGUUGUCAAGGGCAGCUACUCGUUGAUCGAGCCUGACGGCAGCAAGAGGACGGUCGAGUACACCGCCGAUGACCACAACGGAUUCAACGCAGUCGUCCACAAGACCCCGAACCACCACCCCGCCCCUGCCCAUGCCCUCAUACCCAUUAUACCCCCCCAUCAUCACCUGCCCUACCACCACUAAUCUAAACCUGCUUACCUGAAAGCCCGGUACCCUAAACCACCAACCUACAACCAUGAUCUUAUUAAAAAGGAGGACUGUGCCUCCCUGCUGUAAAAUGUGCUUUCUCUUAAACUAGAUUCUUUUUUACGGGUAAUUUAUUAAACAAGCUUUUAUAGAAA